UUCUGUGGGGUGGGAGCUGAGAGGAGGGGGCUGUGGAGAUGAGAGCGUGCUUAAGGAAGCCUGUGGCUCAGUGUCGAAGUAGUGCUACACUGAAGCAGCCCUUGCUUUCCAGUUCCUGCAGAGUAGUACUGCAAAAUCUACAGGGAAAAAGCCACCACAAGGGCUCAGGUGGUUUGCCUGUGGGAAGUGACAGAAAGCCUAGCUUCUUCCUUACUCCCUGCUCCCAAAGGACUCGUAUGAGUAGUACCUGUCUGUGGCCUCCUGCUCUGCUUUGCACAAAGGCUUUUGAUGUUAUCUCUGGGAAGGAAGACCACUCUAGAUGAUACCCUUGUAUUCUUUGCUUUCUUCUUCCCCUGGGCACUGUCCUCUGGGUAGUGCGACUGACAGAGAGGACAACAAUGCGCUCUCGUGUGACUGCAAAGGCAUCGUGGAGUCAGUGCUUGUGCCUUUGGUUCACCACUACACAACACUGGGCAAUGCUGCCAGAGCCUUUUACUAUCUUCUGGAGACUGCAGCUGCCUACCUGCAUGUCUCCAACUACUACAUGGCCCUCAGGAAGCUGAAUGAAGCGGAUAUCCUGAGGAACUCUCUGAAGAAUAAAGCGGAUGUAAUAUCCCGCUUUGAAGAUGCCACCUUCUUCAGCCUCAAAGGGGAGGUCUGCUGUGCUGUGGGACGCAUGGAGCUGGCAAAGAAAAUGAUCAGAAAGUCUUUGAGCCUGCUUGGAAGGCCAUUUCCCCGGAACCGCACUGAAGACUUUGUCAGGUCUCAGGUGGAAAAAUUACAGUGUGCCGCUUAUGUUGCCAGAGGAGCAUCUUCCCUUCCACAGAAGGCCCAGUAAGAAA